AUGUCGUCCUGCAAACAGUGCUAUAUUCGUUUUGGGGACGAUGAAGGGGUGCAGUGUUCCCGUUGUGGUGGUCGUUACCACUAUCGAUGCUGUGAAGUCCAGGAAACCAUCUACAAGAAGUGGACAGCGGAUAAAAAGUCCAGUUGGCGGUGCACUGCGUGCCGUGAGAACAAUGACUCGCUUGCCGAACUCGUUAUGGAAAUAAAGGGCUUGAAAACUCAAAUUAACUCCAUGCAGGAUGGUUUGAACCGGACCAACCAAGGAAUAAAUAAUAUUGAGACCAAAUUUGCUGACAUGGAACGGAAACUUGACGGUUUUGGUUCGCGACUCGUCCUCGUGGAAGAUAACCUAGAACGGUUACCAUCCAUUGAGUCCGGCUUAAAAACGCUAGAAACUGAGUUCGCAGCUCUGAAUCAGGCGAACGAAAACGGAAGGGACCAGUUCGCCAGGUUAAAUAAUGUUGAGAUUAGUGGGAUCCCUCAAAGGGAUGGUGAAAACUUGUUAACGGUGUUCAAAAAUAUCACGGUCACGGUAGGUUUCGAACUGCGCGAAACGGAUGUUGACACUAUUCACAGGGUACGUAGGUAUCCCAAUUCUACCAGUGGUGGACGUGCCGCGGACCCACGGCCCCCGGCUAUCAUCAUUCGCUUCUCUCAGCGGCGGCGGAAGGACGAGCUGGUGGCUGCCGUGCGAGCCCGUAGGAACCUCACCACUGCUGAUGCGGGCCUGCCGGGCCCCGCUACUGCUGUUUACGUUAAUGAGCACCUCACAUCUAGCAACAAACUACUACUCAAGCGCGCCCGUGAUCUCAAGGCCGAAUUGAACUAUACCUAUUUGUGGGUUAAGCAAUGCAAAAUCUAUAUGCGAAAAAACGAUAAGUCUAAAGUGUACGCAAUUAACAGUGAAUCUGAUCUUGCUAAGUUAAAAUGA